AUGCCAGUUGGGGCCCAGGCAGUCCCAGCCGUAGAACCAGGUUGGGAUUAUCAGGAUGGCCAAGAUGGCCGCAGGCGCCACGACCGCAUGGUCCAAUGUCUCAUAGCUGGCAUGCGGGCAGCUUCUAAUAAGGCCGUUAAUUAUGACAAGAUCAGGGAGAUUGUCCAGGCCCCUGACGAAAACCCCGCUAUGUUUCUUAACCGAUUGACUGAGGCCUUAACCCAGUACACUCGCUUGGAUCCUGCCUCCCCUGCGGGGGCCACGGCAGCUAAAGAGACCCCCCAGGGUCCCCUGACUGAUCCCACUUCAAUCCGUCAGUCAUUCCUUAAGCUGAGAGACCGCCUUACCACCAGGCCAGUUUUAGCCCUACCUGAUAUCUCUAAACCGUUCCAUCUCUACACCGAUGAGCGCUCCGGCUCUGCCACCGGCCUCCUAACACAACAGACAAGCCAGGCGGAAUCAUGUGAGUCCAGCUGCAUGAGGGGUUCAGGUACUUCUCGCCAUUUUUCAGCCUUUACUUAUAUGCCUGCAACCUGCUACCGGGGAAAGGAACCGACAACCUGUACGUAUGACCAGAAAACCUAUUGGGUCUCCGACCUUGUGACAGCCAAACGAGGUAUUGCCCCCUGCAACAUCUACCCCAGGUCUGGAAAAGUGUGCUGGACCUAUCUGGGUCAGGUCGGCCUCUCCGAUGGGGGCGGGGUCCAGGACCAGGCUAGCCGUGAGCACAUUAAAACAGCAGUCAGGGACAUGACUAAACGACUCCAACCCCCCAACGACCUGGUCUAUAAGGGCAUUAAUCUCGGUAGCAUCCAAAAAUCCCCUACCACUGAACAACUGACAGUGGCCCUCCUGAACUCUAGUUACAGCCUAUGGCGAAAUGUGUCGAAAAACGGUGACAGUGACUGCUGGAUCUGUUUCCCUUUUUCAACACGUUCUAACAUUAUACGCCCGCUUCUCGGCGGACCCCACGGUGGUGAAGACAGCUUUGUGCUGGCUGAGAAGAAGGCUGCCACCCAGGGAGAUAGCAGCGCCCAGCAGGACCUCAUGAAGGCCGUGGCCCACAUCCUGGGCAUCCGAGACUUGGCCACCAUCAACUUGGACUGCACGCUGGCAGACCUGGGCCUGGACUCGCUCAUGGGCGUCGAGGUGCGGCAGAUGCUGGAGCGUGAGCACGACCUGCUGCUGUCCAUGCGGGACAUCCGGCAGCUCUCGCUCCGCAAGCUGCAGGAGCUUUCUUCAAAGGGCGGCCCGGCGAAAGAGCUGGAGAACGCCAUGCCCAAGAACAGCAGCCUGGCCCAUCAGCAGGCCCAGCCGAACCUGAGCACCCUGCUGGUGAACCCGGAGGGCCCCACCUUGACGCGGCUCAACUCGGUGCAGAGCUCUGAGCGACCGCUGUUCCUGGUGCACCCCAUCGAGGGCUCCGUCACCGUGUUCCACAGCCUGGCUGCCAGGCUCAGCAUCCCCACCUACGGCCUGCAGUGCACCCGAGCCGCGCCCCUGGACAGCAUCCAGAGUCUGGCCGCCUACUACAUCGAGUGCAUCCGCCAGGUGCAGGCCGAGGGGCCCUACCGCAUCGCCGGCUACUCGUAUGGGGCCUGCGUGGCCUUCGAGAUGUGCUCACAGCUGCAGGCUGCGCAGCCCGGCCCUGCCCCCGCACACAACAGCCUCUUCCUGUUCGACGGCUCGCACUCCUACGUGCUGGCCUACACGCAGAGCUACCGCGCCAAGAUGACCCUGGGCUGCGAGGCGGAGGCCGAGGCCGAAGCCAUGUGCUUCUUUGUGCAGCAGUUCGUGGACAUGGAGCACGACAGGGUGCUCGAGGCGCUGCUGCCCCUCCGGGGCCUGGAGGAGCGCGUGGCAGCCACCGUGGACCUGAUUGUGCGCAGCCAUGCCGGCCUGGACCGCCGGCAGCUGAGCUUUGCCGCCCACUCCUUCUACCACAAGCUGCGUGCGGCGGAGCAGUACGCGCCGCGGGCCACCUACCACGGCAACGUGACGCUGCUGCGCGCCAAGACCAGCAGCCUGUACGGCGAGGGCCUGGGCGCCGACUACAACCUGUCCCAGGUGUGCGACGGCAAGGUGUCCGUGCACGUGGUCGAGGGUGACCACCGCACGCUGCUGGAGGGCAGCGGCCUGGAGUCCAUCCUCAGCAUCAUCCACAGCACCCUGGCCGAGCCCCGCGUCAGUGUGCGGGAGGGCUAGCCGCCCCCACGCCCCGGGGGACUGGGGUCCUGCCGGUGGGACCCCGCCCGCAUCCCGGGCCGCCGGGGCCGCCGACUCGGAGACCUGCCGGGUCUGUGAAGGGUCGGCCGGCGGGCGGUGCGCCGUGUGGGGCCCGCGGGGGUCCGGCCCCCGCUCGUCCCUCCAGUUCUCCUAUUUAUUGCGUCGCUGGGGAAGGCGGGGGGUGCAGGAGCCCCAGCCCUGGGGCCCCCAUGAUGCAGGGGCCUGUGGAAAGGAGCAGCCCAGGGCACGCGGGCCCCCGGUCUGUGUUUGUCUGUAUUCGUUUUUCAAGAAACAUGAUCCAUGUUAAAAAAAAA